AUUGUGGCAUUUAAAAAUUUACUGGACAAAUUAAUCAAAUACUAUUUAAAUACAAAACAUACCUAUCAUGGAAUUUCAACACAUGAAAAUGGUGAUAAGUUGUCAGUAUCAGUGAGCUUGGAAACUGACCAUUGGACAGAAGUGUGAGAGCUUAGUAGCUGACCAUCAAAUAGUACAAAACAGAGAAAAUAAUCAUCAUAGUUUUGCCCUUUAUUGUACAGAAAUCACAAAUCUGUGGUGGACAGAUCAAUAUCUUACAUUUUGCUGAGAUUUGAGAUGGUAUUCAAAGGUCACCAUUGACUGAAUAGAAGAUUAAUCCACCAUUUUCAAAAAUGUUGAACGCAACUUUAACUAGUCCUUUAGACAUUGUUACUCCUCUGUACCAGUUCAUUUCAGAGGCUAACGAUACACAUCAUGUUAUGGGAAACUUCACAACGCCAUCAUUGGUCAGUAAUGAAACGGUCUGGGUAGCAGAUAUAGCACUGGCUCUCAAAGUUGGCAAAAUAUGCUAUAAAUACAUUGGACCAAUUAUCUGUGCAAUAGGCAUCUUAUGCAACAUUAUGAACUUAUUAGUUUUGACGCAGCGUCAACUCAAAGAGUCCCCAUAUACAUAUUUAACUGGACUAGCUCUGACUGAUUUGGGAGCACUUACAUUUUCAUUCAUUUUCAUGGUGGGUUCUUACCAGAGAAAAGAAUACUUCUGGAAGUUUUAUGAUGCCUAUAUUUAUCUUCCAUUGGUUAAUGUAUGUACCAAUUCCAGCGUCUGGAUAACAGUGGUUCUAACGAUUGAACGUUUUCUCUUUGUACGUUAUCCACUGUGGGCAAAGGCCAUGUGCGAUAGAGCCAGUGCAAAAAUGAAAAAUGCAUUAAUUAUUAGCAUUAUGUUUGUCAUAAACAUUCCACACUUUCUCCUAUUGAGAGUAGAACCAAUAGCAAACACAACAGAUCAGUACACCAGAGUUUCUACUGAUUUCCGACACAGUGAGCACUACUAUAGAAUCCGUUGGUUCUAUAGCAUCAUCAUUCACUUUGUUCCACUUAUAAUUCUCAGCACAGCCAAUGCCUAUCUUGUCUAUGCCGUAAUGAGGGCAAGGAAAGAAAGAGAAAUCCUACAGAUCCGUAACAACAAAGAGGCCACAUGGUACAGAGAACAAGUCAGACUUACUGUAACACUUAUCAGUAUAGUCUGUCUCUUUAUCGUCUGUAUUAUACCAUCAGCAUUCUCAAAUAAAAGAAUUGCAUAUGCAUUGUUUGGUGGGGACCAACCAUUGAGCCACUUUGCUAUGUCAAACUUUUACUUAAUUCUGCAAUACGUAGCUAACGUUCUUGUCUGGUGUAAUUUGUCUUUGAAUUUCGUAUUUUACUGUGCCAUCAACAAGAAGUUUCGUUACGUUAUGCGUUGGAUGGUACAACGUUGGAUCAAGAAUCUAAGGAGAAGAAACGGCAACGUCUUGCUUCUGGUCAACUUCAAGUCUGGACAUUCCAUAACCCGUAACAGCAGUAGUCAGACAAACAGCAUUACAAUGACGUCGAAGACAAACCCACCAGAUUUACUGUUAAAGACAGACAGAAACAACCAUAAUGGCAACCAUAAAACAGCACUCAUAGAAGAUUGCGAAAAGGAAACAGAAAAUGAAGCCUAGGAAAAACAAACAUUGAGGCGAUUAUCAUUUCAUUUGCUUACUGUGAAAGAUUUCAGGGAGUGAGACUUUAAAAGUUGCUAUAUUUUCUAUUUACCUCUUAAAUUUGUGAUACUGUUGUCUGUUGCAUUUAAAAUUAGCUUUUGUUUCAAGAAUCUGGAGUAACCUAUAUUGUUGAAUUGUUACAUAAAAUGGGAUUAUUAAGUUUUGAAAAAGUAUGCAUAAUUAAGGAGCAUUUUUGUUAUACAACAAUCAUCAAUAAUACUGUGAAUUCAUUUAUUUUCCUGGGUGCCACUUUUCGUGUUUUGAGGAAAAAUUGUAUUUUCGUGGUAACUUUGAAUUACGUGGAUCCCCAAGUUUCCAUACAAGCUUAUUGGAAAUUCCUACUUCUUUGAAUAUUUAAAUUCCUGGUUUAGCUAUACAGCAGAUCAUAACAAUUGAUACCCACGAAUAGUUAAUGAUGAAUUCAAAGUAUAUCAGUAACACUGAAGAUAACCAAGCUAAUAUGUAAUAUAUAUGUGUAUUUGUCUGCUAACAUGUACGAAGAAAAGAAGUCAGUAAACUGUUAUGUCAGUUAUCUCCUUAUGGGACUUUAAAGUGGUACUCACACCACUGAUUUCCAUGUUCUUUCCUUAUUUCAAAGUUCUCUUAGUUUUAGCUUUAUUUCAAAUACUUAAAUACUUGUUGAAAGUGGAAUUAUUCCUUCAAGUUAGCUUAUCAUGUCAAAAUUUAGGCCAACACUUCAUUGGGACUAAAUCUAAAAAUAUCUGUGGCAGGAGGUAAACAAAAGGUAAUUCUUGGCAAAAUGUUCAUUUGAAGUUAAAGUAGUGUAAAAUUUAAACAUUUUUAUUUUUUUUUAAUUUGUACCCCAUAAAACCCUGCCUUUUGAUAAAUUAUAAUUCAAGGGGAAUAAAUCUAAGUUUCUUAAGGAAAUAAUAGAUAUUUUAGUGAGAAAACCUGGCAUCUCAACUACACAAAAGUUAACCUCUCUCUUAUUAUUAGUUGGAUUGUCCCUCUGGUAUCUUUCAUCCCUCUUUUAAUAUAAUGUAAAUAGAAUUCAACUGGCAUCCAAAAAACUCUGUAAUAAUAAGAAUAUAUCAAGAAUUAGGGAAAGCAUUGUAAAAAAAUAUUUAAAACAAAUUUCAUUUUGAUUUUUAAAGAAGGAAUCCAAGAAUGAAUAGCUUCUACACUGAAUUUGAUUAUUGAUAAAAACAAUAGUAAAUAUUCACUCAUGCAAGGAUUUACUAAUUAUCUUUUACUCAUGCCUAUAUAGGACUUAUAAAUACAACGUACUGUUAUAUAACUCUUUGUACAUUUUCCCUUUGAUUUCUAUGUGAGAAGUAGUCUUGUUUUUACAAAUACUGUAAAUAGAAAAAUGAAGAAAAGAUUUUUUCAUAUUGUUUUGGUUUAAAUAAAUCAGACACAAAAAUUAAACUUCUAUUUUAAAAUAAGCUUUCAAUAUUUACAUCUGACUACUAAACACAUUUUCACUGUUAUAGAACAUAUUAGAUGUACAUAUAGUUUAUAUAUAUAGAUAUUUAAAUAUUGUCAUUUUAAAUUUCAGUCCCUGUGAUACAACCAUAAUGUGAUCAUGUUGUAAAUAAAUGUCCAUCCUACCAA